AGGCUACACUUUCACAGGAAAAGACAGUAUUUCUGGACGGCCUCUACUCUGAAUCAUGAGGGUGCUCUCUCUUGCCUACCUGCUUGUCGCACUCUGUGGAAUACACGCAGCUGUUGUUCCACAGAAGGACAGCAAAAGAAAUGAUAGGCCAAUCAUUGGUGUUUUGGCACAAGAGCUUAAAAAUCCUGAGCCAAAGCGCAACUCCUACAUUGCGGCAUCUUACGUCAAAACCUUGGAGGCUGCAGGAGCACGAGUCAUUCCUGUGAUGGUCAAUCGACCUGAGGAGGAAUACCGCCAGUUGUUCAAGUCUAUAAAUGGCAUUCUUCUUCCUGGUGGAGGUGCAAACCUUCUGACAUCGGGGUAUGCUAAAGCAGCUGGCGUCUUCUAUAAACUCGCUUUGGAGGCCAAUUCCCAGGGUGAUUACUUCCCAGUGUGGGGCACUUGUCUGGGAUUUGAGCAGCUGUUGGUCAUUACAAGUGGAGAAAAUCUGCUGUGUCGAACAAACACCAGUGGAGUGUCUCUGCCACUGGAAUUUACACAGGAUGUCACUGAGAGCAGACUCUUUAAGGAUUUCCCACCAGAAUUGAUGACAUCUCUGGCAACUGAAAACAUUACAGUGAACUUCCAUAAAUGGAGCAUCUCUAUGGAGAAUUUCACCAAGAGUGAGGAGCUGAAAAAGUUCUACAAAAUCUUAAGCACCAACACAGAUGGGAACAUAGAGUUCAUUUCAACAAUGGAGGCAUACGAUUAUCCUGUGUACGGAACCCAGUGGCACCCAGAGAAAAAUGCAUUUGAGUGGAGUCAGACGUACUACCCUCACACACCAUCUGCAAUCAAAACCACCUUCUACAUGGCAGACUUCUUUGUCAAUGAGGCAAAGAAAAGCUUACAUUCCUUUGCCAGUGAAGAGGAGGCACAGAAACAUCUGAUCUACAACCACAAUCCAGAAUUUUCUGGUGCCAUUGGUUCUUCUUUUCUACAAAAGUAUUACUUUGACUAAACUAAAGGUCAUGUGUGUGUCAUGGAAACUCGUAAUUAAAACAUUAUUACAGACAAUAUAAA